AUGAAGUUCUCCAACACCCUCCUCCUUAUCGCCCCCUUGACUGCCCUUGCGGCUGAGACAUUUGGUGCCCACGGUGGUGCGGUGGCUCAGGCUGGCGCCAAGGUCCAUCAGCGCGAGGAGUCCACUGCCUUCAGUCCUGCUCAGGAUGACGCUAAAGCCUACAAGCGCGGCCAGGACGAUGCUAAGGCAUACAAGCGAGGCCAGGACGAUGCAAAGGCUUACAAGCGUGGUCAAGACGACGCAAAGGCCUACAAGCGCGGACAGGAUGAUGCGAAGGCUUACAAGAGAGGCCAGGACGAUGCCAAAGCCUACAAGCGCGGCCAGGACGAUGCGAAGGCAUACAAGCGUGGCCAAGACGACGCGAAGGCCUACAAGAGAAGUCAAGACGACGCCAAGGCCUACAAGAGAGGCCAGGACGACGCGAAGGCUUACAAGCGCGGUCAAGACGAUGCGAAGGCUUACAAGAGAGGCCAGGAUGACGCUAAAGCUUACAAGCGUGGUCAAGAUGACGCAAAGGCUUACAAGAGAGGUCAGGACGAUGCGAAGGCGUACAAGCGCAGCCAGGACGAUGCUAAGGCCUACAAGCUUCUGUGA